AGGGGAUGGAGAAGAGAGUCCAGCCGAGCCAGAUCUUACUUUCCUCACCUGGACGACAGAAGAUGUUGCAGACUGGAUUAAAAACAUGGGAUUCCCUUUCUAUCAGGAUUGCUUCAUUCAAAAUUAUGUUGAUGGCAAGAAACUGAUCAUGGCUGAUGCCUCGACUUUAUGUAAAUUAGGAAUCAGAGAUUUCCAGGAUAUCAAAACCAUUGCAUAUCAGAUCCGAAUGUUAAUUUCUCUUGAGGAGCCAGACUGGAACCGAAGUAUCUCUUUGCCACCCCGCAGUGACUGGGGUAUGUUUCUGGAAAUGAAAAGCAAGACAGGCAAGAAAACCGAAGAGAUGGAAUUUGAGAAAUUCAGAACUGAUCAUAAGGAUGUGAUUUGGCAGCCGCCUCUUGAUAAUUCUGGUAAAAUACAAACAUGUUUUAGGGAAAAACAUGUAAGCUACCAGGAAGCAACGACUUCUUCAGAAAGUGAAGGACAACAGACAAUAAGUUCUGCUGCUGAUUAAAUUUUAAAUUGGACAAAACAAGAAUUUUACUGUAAUUUUAUAUUUUUUUUAACACAAAGUCAAUAAUUUUCUAUCAUAUAUUUUUAUCAUAGUAUUUCCCAUAAAUACACACAAAUUUCAGAACUUUC